AUGGAGCACGCGCUGCCUUGUCUACUCGAACGGCUGAAGCGGAAACAGCUAAUCGCCUCGUCUCGCUGCCCUCUCGGCGUCGAUGUGACGAGCCUUGCGAGCAAUGCACGCCGCAAGCCGGAGGCCGAUCUUCCGACCUCCUCUCCACCCACCACCUCUGCCGUACCGAGCAGCGUCGGCCUGCACCGCGAUGGAGACCCUUCACCGUACGACGAGGCGGGCGUGAAGCGAGACGACGACGUAUUAAAGGUGAGCGCGUCGCCCUCCAGUCGCCUCCCCAGUCCUCCGCAUCGCAUCCAUCCGCGUCGACGCACUCUCACACCUCUCGCACUCCCGCUCAGCCCGAACAUCAUGGUCGCCCGCCUCUCUGCCGUCUUCUCCCUCGCUCUCGCCGUCGUCGGCUCCGCUGCGCUCAUCGUCCCCCGCGUCGGCGAAGGGUCCUGCGACACCGGGGCGAUCCAGUGUUGCCAGUCCACCCAUGACGCGAAGGACCCCAGCGUGUCCAUAUUGCUUGGCCUGCUCAACGUCGUGGUAGACGGCCUCGACGGCCUCAUCGGGCUCGGCUGCAGUCCGAUCAACGUCAUCGGUGUCGCGUCGGGCAACGCGUGCUCUGCGACGACGGUGUGCUGCCAGAACAACGCCUCCGGAAACCUCAUCAACAUCGGCUGCAUCCCCAUCAUUCUCUGA